AUGGAUAAACCACAGGAUACGGAAGGCACGAUGGGAGGGACACGAACGUCGACUCUCGCCCAGGCAAACCUGUCAAGCGGUUCUAACCUCAGCGAUUCGACCUCUGCUUCUGGCGGCUCAAAGACCACUGUAAACACGUCCCCACCCCAAUCAUCUUGCCGGCCAUUUCUAGGAGAAUCGCACGAUCUUUUCGUACCCCCAGACGCAAGAAUACUUCGCCCGCGCUCUCUGGAGGAUAUCUACGACGAAAUUAAAGAGUUGAAGGCCGAAUUUGACAAGAACACCCUCGACGCGCCUAACCCCCGACCAUCACAAUACAUCUGGGUCCACAAAAUCCCGCAACACCUCUUCGCCGAGAUCGAAAGAGACACUGAACUCUUCCCAGGUGUUCGAACUACAGUCGCUCACGCCGAGUCCGCUGUGUUAUUGAAAAUAAUGCCGGGCAGACAGCACGAACGUAUAAUCUGCAAUUUCAGCACUAUCGUUCUUGGCCAUCUCAAUUCUAUGGGCUUGUGGUUGCAAAAUGGAGAUUUCACCGGCCAAGGCUCAGAACGAACGCCCGGAGUUGCAUGCAGCAAGGAGCCAGAUUGGGCACUCGGUCCGUACGACGCCCGUGUCGAUUCGGCCGCCGACGAGUAUCCAUCCCUCGUGCUUGAGGUUGGGGCUUCUGAGCCCUCGGACGCACUCCGCCGGGAUGCCCAUUGGUGGUAUGCAAAUACCCACCAAGAAACCAAACUCGUCGUAUUGAUCGACGUGACAAUCGACGAUCCGUACCGCGUCGAUUUUGAGGUUUGGACUGAGGUUAUUAACCAGUCCCUUGUCCAUUCAACCCGAAAUGGUCCGGCAAGAGUCCUUCGAUGCACCCAGAGAGCGUCGUUUGAGAACGGGGUGGUGACAGGCGCCCCUUUGAUCCUUGAUUUCCCCACUCUCAUGCACCGAGCGCCGGCGGUCGGCGAGCACGACAUUGUUUUAGGGGCUGCGGAUUUAGCGAUUAUCGGUGCACGACGGCGGCCCGCUCCCCGGUGA